AUGAACUUGGAUCCACAAUGGAUUCUCACCGAUAACACAAAUAAACAAUUGCUAAAUUUGUCAGUUAUCCCGGAAUAUGCGAAAUAUCUUGCAGAAGGAGAAGUCAAAGCGGUACUUGUUGCUGGUACAACCGGAGAAGAGCCAGCAUUGAGUGUAAAGGAAAGGAAAAAACCUACAGAGGUUUGGGCAGAAGCUGUUAAAACGACAAAACAACAUGUAAGGGUUCAAAUUGGAGGUGCCCCAUUUCCCGAUGUUUUAGAAUUGGCAGGACAUGCAGAAAAAAUAAAAGUUGGUUCUAUACUUUUAUUAUCAGAACUAUUCUUUAAACCAUUCGAUGAGAAAGAAUUAAUUAGUUACUUAAAAGCUGUAUCAGAUGUCGCUCCAAAUACACCAUUAUUGUAUUAUCACACUCCAAAACAAACAAAUAUAUACAUCCACAUGGGACAAUUCUUCGAAAAUGUGGGAAAUUAG